CGACCAGCACUCCCUCCCCCCGCAGGGCGGCACCCUGUCCCGCAGCAUGGACCUCGAGAUGAGUGCCAAACAACGCAAGAAGUCGCCGAUGGCCCGAGGCUACCCGCCGCCCUCCAACGCCAUGCUGUUCGACGACGACCCCGGUAUCAUGUCGGAGGUGGAGACGGCGUCGACGGGUUUCUUUCGUGGAGGCAAGCAGCGCUCCUCCCUGCCUGUUGUGCGCACGCCUAGCAAGACCCUAGAGCGGCCCCUGGGGUUGGUGUUCCUGCAGUACCGCAAUGAGACCAAGCGCGCGCUGCUGCCCAACGAGAUCACCUCCAUAGACACCGUCAAGGCGCUGUUCGUGCGCUCCUUCUGCAAGCAGCUCACCAUGGAGUACCUGGACUCGCCGCACGUCAAGAUCUACAUCCACGACUCCAACAAGGACAUGUUCUACGAGCUAGAGGACCACAGAUCACACCUGCGUGAUAUCCGCGACCGCUCCGUGCUUCGCCUGUUCGAGUCGACCGACCUGCACGGGGGCAUGUUCCCCGGCGCAGGAACGGGGCUGGUGCCGCCCACCAUGUGGGAGACGGACCAGUCCUACUUCAGCGAGCCCGAGUUCGACUCCGAGUACCAGCACCAGCACAUCCACAAGUCCAAGGUGCGUAACGGCAGGCUGUCGCAGGUGUGCUUGGGUUGGGAAGAACGCCCGGAGGAAGGCAACCCAUUCUACGCCCCUACCCCUUCCCCUCUUUCCUAAGUUGCGUCAUUGAAA